GUCGGUGGAGGUCGAGGAGGCAGUCCUUGCAGAUGAUGAGAUGAUGUGGUGAUGGGAAUGCGCGGAGGAGAGCCCCAGGCAUGUUCCCACGGGUCUACGCCACGUCGCCUUCAAGUCGUCGCGCGUCCUCCGGCUUUCUCAACUUGCCCUCAUUCUCUUUCUUUCUUCGCCCGCCAUGUCUGCCCGCAUCAAUAUCGCCCGCCCAGCCUCUGGAGGCUACACCCCCGACCCCCACGGCUUCGGCAACUCACGACCCUCGCAGGGCUACAGAGCAGCAAACCCGGACGACCCGGUCGAGAAGCUCCGCGCGUUCGCCCACACAGUCGAGGACUAUGUCGAGAUCUACACCCAGCCUCUGCGGCCCCACCUCCCUGCCAUUGGCAGGUUCCUCAUCGUAGGAACGUUCUUGGAGGACUCAUGGCGCAUCACGACGCAAUGGAGCGACCAACUGUGGUACCUGCAGAGACAUCGUCAUUUCCCAUGGGGGAUCUCCCACUUUUUCCUGAUAAUCAACGUGAUUACCAUGCUCGUUGGCUCAGGCGCGGUUAUUACGAAGAAGCACUCGGAAUACGGAGUCGGCGGUCUUCUCGGCGUCGUCAUCAUCCAGGCAUUCGGCUACGGGCUCAUUUUCGACCUCAACUUCUUCCUGCGCAACCUCAGUGUCAUCGGCGGUCUCCUCAUGGUCUUCACGGACUCCCUGUACACCCGCAAAAAGAUCUUCGCCGGUUUGCCGACGCUGUCUGAGAACGACCGCAAGAAAUACUUCUUGCUCGCGGGCCGCAUCCUGCUCAUCUUCCUGUUCGUCGGAUUCAUCCUCCGUGGACAGUGGAGCAUCUCCCGCGUGUUCGUCUCCGUCGUCGGCCUCGUGGCGUGCAUCAUGGUCGCCGUCGGUUUCAAGGCGAAGUGGUCCGCAGGUUUCCUGGUCUUGAUGCUCAGCGUCUUCAACGUCUUCAUCAACAACUUCUGGAGCAUCCACUCAGCGCACCCCCAACGCGAUUUCCUGAAAUACGACUUCUUCCAGACGUUGUCAAUCGUGGGCGGCCUCAUUCUCCUUGUCAACAUGGGCCCCGGUGGUCUCUCUGUGGACGAGAAGAAGAAGACAUAUUAGGUGUCUUUCAUGGGUUGCGAACCGAUGCAGCGGAACGUCCGACGGGGCGUGCCACCCUUCGUGCGGGGCCGGCCUUUCCACUACGGGCAAACGGCGACGGCCAAGGGUACGAUUGGGCAGCGUGUUUCUCUUGUAUCUUUCGUGAAAAUGUGGAUUGGCGUGGACCGUUUCCUGGUAUUGUUAAUAUAAUUUCUCCCGG